GACGUGUUUGUUUUUGUUUUCAGUUGAACGAAACCUCUGUUCAAUAGACAAUCUUGGUGAGCACUGCCGCCCUGUGAUACCUAGCUAACAGUUUAGCCUGACCAUGAUCUGACUGUAGAGCUACAGGUUUGUCCGCCCCGUUCACCUGACCAGAGUGUGCAGUAGAGGAGGUGGAGGUGGCAUGCGUUCGGGCAGCAGCUGGAGGUGUCAGCUCUCCCGGGCUAUGCGACUGGCGCUGCGCUGGUGCCGGCUUCGGAGGCCGCAGAAAGGAGUACGAGGUGGGGAAACCAAGCCGUGGAUCAGCGGCAGGCUUUUGGAGCUGUGGAUCUACAGCAAGCUGCUGCUCAAGUCACUGUACUUCAACAGCCUCAGCAACUCGGACACCUUGCUGGACUGUGCGUUUGAACCUGUCUACUGGAUUGUGGACAAUGUGACGCGCUGGUUUGGAGUGGUGUUUGUCUGUCUGGUCGUAUUGCUGACGACCUCUGUUGUGGUCAUCGUCUACCUGUUCGUCCUACCCACGUUCUUCAGUACUUACCCUCUGCAUUGGGUCUCCUGGCACCUCUGCUGUGGCCACUGGCUUCUUAUGAUGGUGGUCUUCCAUUACUACAAGGCCAUCACUACCUCCCCAGGACACCCGCCCAAGGACAAAAUUCAUAUUCCGUCUGUGUCCAUCUGUAAGAAAUGCAUCACUCCAAAACCACCCAGGACGCACCACUGUAGCAUCUGCAACAUGUGUGUUUUGAAGAUGGACCACCACUGUCCCUGGUUGAACAACUGUGUGGGCCAUUUGAACCACCGCUACUUCAUCUCCUUCUGCCUAUACAUGACCCUGGGCUGCAUCUACUGCAGCAUCAGCAGCAGGACCUUGUUUCUGGAGGCCUACAGUGCUGUAGAGGCGUACUAUCAGACCCCUCUUCCGCCCUACACGUUAAGAGAGACCACUGCUCACAAGAGUAUUAUCUUCCUCUGGGUGCUGACCAGCUCAGUGGCAGUAGCUCUGGGAGGCCUCAGCCUGUGGCACCUCAUACUCAUCAGCAGAGGAGAGACCAGCGUAGAGCGGCACAUCAACAACAAAGAGAUCAAAAGACUACGGGAGAAGGGCAAGAUGUUCAAAAAUCCAUACCAUCACGGUGUGAUGAACAAUUGGAAGUUACUGUUUGGUGUGGAAAAAAGAAGUCACUGGUUCACGCGGGUCCUCUUGCCGUCCAGCCAUCUUCCCAACGGGGACGGCAUCACGUGGGACUGCACCUUUAUCAGAAGAGACCCCAUGGCCAUCUAAGCCUCACCCUUUUCACUCUGAACCAUAUAAAAAAACUCCUACACUUUUAACAAUGACAUACAAGCAAUGUGACUUAUUUCAUUCGGUUGUGGCCAGCUAGAAGCUGUUACAAUCAUUUCAUAAGGGAAAAAAAGAAGUUAAUCAAAGUAAGAGGUGUUUUUUUGUUUUUUUUGCUGCAUUGGUAUUUGCACUUCUAGAAGUAGGAACCACCAGUGCUUCAUCUUCUUAGGAUCAGUUCUCACCUGCCACACGCUGACCUCGCACGGUAGGUCUAACCGUAGACCUUGUCACCAGCAGACGUCACCCUCCAACUGCAGCACUGUUGACUCAUUAGAUUUAUUUAAUUAUGGUGCUGCUGGACAGCAUCGUUUGGUAAGCCCGAACUUCUUUCUUUCUCCCACCCAUUUGUAAAGACAGGACAAACUUUUUGUGCUUGUCUUGGACUGAAAAUGUUCCCACCCAUACUACAGCCUCUUACGGCAGAGUGACACCAUAACUUGCAGUUACAGCAUUUUAAAGGUGCAAUGUGUUGCAUUUUCAAACAUCAAUACAACACAUUGUAAGCUCAAACUUUAGUAAGAUUGGUAGCUGCUGUCUUGUUCCAAUUGUCUUGUUAAUGCUAUCAAAUUAAAGGCAACAUUUCCCAGAAACUCUGCUUGCUUUCUAAUGCAAGUGGUUCUCUGUUUUUAUCUAAAUAUGAUGGUGUUUUGUUUUCCAAUUGACUUUCACUGCUUCCACCAGACUUUGUCCUAUUAAGCUUAAUUUCUGUACUAAUCAGCACCACUUCCUGUUUAGUACAGUCCAGCAGAUUUCCCUCUAAAUCUGACUGUCUUCUCACAGAAGGUCUCAUUAGUUUAUACUGUUUGAAUGUGCUGGUUCAUUGAUAACAUGCAAACCAGCACCGUUAAUAACUGACACUGUAUUGAUAUCUGACUCCAUGUGUAGUCAAAUAUCUGAGCCUUUUGGUUUUGAUUGUACAUGUUGUCUGAAGACUGAACUGUUUGUGUUCCUUAAUGUGGAAGAAGCUGUGAUUUCCCAUCAUUUCCUGAAAACUGUGUUUUAAGGUUUACUACUCUGCUGUUGUGUUUUGUGGAGCGUGUGCUAAUGACAUUGAGAACCACUGCUCUAACUGAUGUUCUGGUACCGAAGAAGAGCGAAAAACCGAGAGUUUUAUUCACUGGCAUUUUAGGUGAAGGAAAAAAAUCUGCGCAGCAUUCAUUUCAUCAUCUUUAACAUUUCUUUCUUUAACACUGAUAAAGAAAAUGUUGUGUGCCUUGUUUGGUUAAGCCUUUAAAUAAGGGAAUCAGGCACUGUGCAGUAAUUCCCUUUCAGAUUUUUCACCGUGUUCAUACAAAUAACUUAAUGAGUCAGAUCUUUAGGUGCCAUAGAAACGUGACGUACAGCUAUAUCAUUUGUAACCAGUGGGAGCUGUGCUCCAGUUUGAUUUAUUCUUUUUUUUUAAUAAAACACCUGUUUAAUA